UGGGAAGAAGAAAAAAGUAAGUCCCAGAUGAGGUCAUCGGAACUGUCAUGACUGUCGCGUGCAACAAUUGAGCACAUCUUUCUUGACAUCCCUACAUCCUACUUUGGUAUGAUGGACUCGAGGUGAAACUUGCCCUCCUUGUGUAAAUGUAUCCUGCCCGUACAGCGCGUCGGGGCCUGCAACGGUCCAGCAAGCUCUUGGCGCAGUCCGCCAAUAAGAGAGGCUACAUUACCGAUGCAGACGUCGCAGGCGCAAGACGGUACUGUAUUGAUCAGUUGAGAAAGUCUGAUUACGACUCCUACCUGAUACGCAAUUCUAUUCCCAAGAGCCGACACGAUGCCUACGAUGCCCUGCGCGCCUUCAACCUCGAGCUGGUGCGCCUGCCCGAGCUCGUCUCGAAUCCGACAAUCGGUCUUAUGCGUAUGAAGUUCUGGCGAGAUGCAGUCGCUAACACAUUUGCGGGAAAGCCGCCGAAAGAGCCAAUAAUGAUUCUACUGCACAAGGUCCUGACCGAUCUACGAGAAGUCGACCCGUCGUUCAGUGUCAGCUCCAUCAAGUUCUGGUUGUUGAGGUUGAUCAACACCAGAGAGAAGUAUAUGGACAACCGGCCUUUCACCAGCGUUGAAGCCUUGGAGGACUACGCUGAGAACACAUAUUCGACUUUGAUGUACUCGACACUCGCAACACUCCCCAUCAACUCGGUGCAUAUGGAUCAUUUGGCAAGUCACAUUGGAAAGGCAUGUGGCAUUGUCGCUGUAUUGAGAGGUGUGCCAUUUCUUGCAGCGCCGUCAGCCCCCGUCAAGUCGCCACAGGGCGCAAACGUGGGGAGUGGAAGGAAUCCAGUCCUGCUGUUGCCCCUAGACGUAAUGGCAGAGGUUGGGUUGAAAGAAGAAGACGUUUAUCGUCAUGGUCCCGCAGCAGAAGGAUUCCAAGACGCGAUUUUCAAGGUCGCCACCAGGGCAAAUGAUCACCUCAUCACCGCAAGAGAGAUGAUGAAGAAUAUCAGAGCAGGACAAAAUCCUGGUCACGAGUAUGAGCACCAAAAUGAAGCAGAGCACAUGUAUGAUGAGCCAAACUUGGAGGGCGACGAAACGCAAAGAGAUCUGAACCGCGGUUUCAGUGUUCUGCUAGAGUCGGUGCCUGCCAGCGAUUACCUUCAGAGAUUGGAAGGCACAAAUUUCGACCCAUUUGCGGUCAGGAGUAGUUGGAAAUUGCCUUGGAGGUUAUGGAGAGCAUUAAAAACAAAACAGAUAUGAUGUGUCAUCUCAGUCAAAACACGGUGGACAGAAGCCAAUCAUGUACUAUAUGUAAUUCAUCAACAUCACAGAUAUAUUUAACAACUGGCGAGUCGAACAAAAAUACACACCAUAUCAGAUCAUACAGCAGCUACAUUCACUUCAAUGGAUGGUCGAUGGGAUCUUCUACAGUAUCACUGGUCUUGACACUUCUUUUCUGCGUCAAAAUAUGCGUUUCAGAUGGUAGCAACUUUGUGGCGCUGGCAUACGAGUCUAGGUUUUAACUUGCAAUAUCGUUUCCGA